CGAGGCGAAUUUCGAAAUUGAGCAUAAGUUUUGGUGUAGUUAUUAGUUCGCAUCGUAUUUUCGAAUGAGAUUCCCAGCAGAAUUGUUCUAAUUCAAAUUAUUUUUUAAAUAAAUCACGAAUAAUUUCUUGCAUACUGCCGUAUGUCAGUUUCGAUCAAUUAUAAAGUCGUUACGUUAUGUCCCCUUAUCAUCUCGUGAUAGAUAUGGAUUUAGACAUUUGACUUAUCUAACUGAUUGAUGAGGGAUAUUAGUUAAUUGGUUAAGGUACACACUCUUGAGUGACGCUAACUUUAACGUAUGAAAAGAUGUGGCUAUUUCUGCGAGUGCAAUAAAGUAUUGUUUGUGACCGUUGAAUGAGAUAAAGCUUUUAACUGCACAGAACGCUUUCAGUGUCAGUUCAGUAUUCAGCCAGGACGAAGAUGGGAUUCGAUAAGAGUUUUCUUUGUGCUUCAAUAAUUGCUCAACUUGUACUAGUUACAGUUUGUCAGCAAAAUCCCGUCUUUCCAGGAUGGUAUGCCGACCCCGAGGCGAUUAUCUAUGGAAAUACGUACUGGAUAUAUCCCACCUAUUCAUCCACGGAGCAGCUGCAUUUUGAUGCAUUUUCCUCCCCUGACCUUGUCACGUGGACCAGACACUGGCGAAUUAUUACCAACUCGGAGGUAACAUGGGCGAGAUAUUCGAUGUGGGCACCUUCCGUAUUUUCUCAUUUGGGAAAGUACUACUUUCUCUUCAGUGCGAAUGCAAUCAACAGUGAAGAUGAGUUGGGUGGUAUCGGGGUCGCAAUUUCGGAUUUUCCUCAAGGACCAUACCGAGACUUGUUGGGACGUCCAUUGAUCAAUGCAAUCGCCAAUGGAGCACAACCCAUUGACCAAUUCGUCUUUAAAGAUGUAGACGACACGUUCUACAUGUUUUACGGGCUGGAGUCACUGCAAUUUGGAUACGUGGAAGGCCCAUUCAUGUUUAGAAGGAACGGGACGUACUAUUUCAUGUGGUCAGAGGGCGGCUGGGGAGGACCCGAUUAUCGUGUAGCUUAUGCAAAAUCUUCUUCCGUUUUCGGACCAUUUGUUCGUGAACGAACAAUUCUGGAACAGGAUCCCAACAUUGCGACGGGUGCCGGUCACCACUCGGUUAUCAAUCCACCAGGGACUGACGACUGGUACAUUGUGUACCACCGACGACCUUUGAGUGAAACGGAUGCCAACCAUCGAGUUACGUGUAUUGACCGAAUGUUUUUUGACGACCAAGGAAAUAUUCUGCCUGUGCAAAUGACCAAUGAAGGCGUAACUGGGCCGAUAUUACCGUGAUAACAUUUAAAGUGUAUACAUACUUAUGCAUAUUUUUGGAAUGAGGGAGUAUUGAAUUACCAUGAUUUAUGUAUUACUAUUACUGUAAAUAAAUCACAAAUGCAUAACGUAUGGUUUUAUUCACAAGACUAAUAGCAUUAAAUAAAGGAACUCAUGAUUAAAGGAU